AUGGAACAAGAAUAUAUAGUAGUUAAUUAUCAAAACCCAGAAACAAAUAAAGGAAAAAAAAUACUUAAAAAAUUAAAGUCAUGGACAAAGAAAGCGAUACUUCGACAAAGUGAUAAAAUUAUAGAACCUUUAAUGUUAAGAAAUCGGCCACAACAACAACAAUUAAAUGAUCGUAAUAGUAUUUCAAGUAGCAUUUAUAGUAAUUAUUAUCGACAAGAGUCAGAAUUUCAUGGAGGAAAAAUGAAACAAUCAAAGAGUUCACGAUUUCGCACACGAAAAAAUUCAUCAAAAAGACAAUCAAUAAUAACUUCAAUGCCAAUUUCUUCUUCAUCUGAAGAUACAACUGAAAGAACUAUACCUUUAUCUAGACCAUUAUCACAAGUUUCUCGUUUACCGAGACCAUUAUCACAAAUUUCUCAAAUAACUUCGAGAAGUAAUAAUAUUGUUUCACCUUUACCUUUACCUACAGUUAUUGAAGAAAAUAAUAUGAAGAAUAGUCAGUUAGAUGAUAUUCAAAUAGCGUGUAGAUUAUAUGAAGUAUUGAGUUAUCAUGAGAAACGUGAUGUAGUAUCAGAAAGGUCAAUAAUAUUAAAUUUAGAAAAUAAUAGUUUUAAUGAAGAAAAGAGUCAUAGCAUUUAUUCAGAAGAAAGAAAUAAUAGUAUUCAUACUGAGGAAAAUAGUAAAGAAAAGAUUGAUAGCAUUCAUACAGAAGAUAAACGUAAUAGUGUUUAUAUUCCAGGAAAAGAAUCAACGAUAAUGUUGGAAUGUGAAUUUUGUCAUAUUCAAUCACUUUAUCAAAAUAAUAUUUAUAUGACUCGAACAAGUAAUUUAUCCCGUAUUUCAUUACCAACAUCCGACAUUUAUUCAUAUAUUCCAACUGUGGAAGCCACACAAAUGACAGUACUAUGCGAACAAGAUCAAGAUUACAUAAUUGUGAAAAGAAUGUUCUUUACUGAUAUUCCACGGGCGGAAAUUAAAGGAAUAAUCCGAUUGGACAUGCCAACUAAACUUGUUAAAGCUCAUGAUAAAUAUAAACAAAGAAUUGCUAAAAAAACUGGUCUUAAAAUUGAGUAUAUUACUCAUGCGAUGUUCCAUGGAACUACUUCAUCGUUUGAUUGUAACCCAGAACGAUUUUUACAAGGAAAUAGUGAACUCUGUAAAAAAGGAUGUGGAGUGUGUGGUAUCGUGAGACAAGGAAAUAAGAAAAAGUUUUCUAAACAUUCCAAAAAAAUGUGGUUCGCACAUAGCGCGUUAGUUUCUAAUGACUAUACAAAUGUCAAUUCACAUGCACAAGUAAUGUUUGUUGUUGAUAUAAUAUCUGAGAAACAUGAUUGGAUUCUUGUGGCUCGCAAAAACAAGAAAUUUCCUGGCAAAAUAUGA